AGCCCGCUAAUUAAGACCGUGAUUACUGUUGGAUCAAAUAAAGAAGAUCCCCUUUCUUUCUUAAUCUCAAUUCUGGAUCUCUCUGGAGAUGAUUGGUCCGUCGCAGUUUCAUUUGGCAUGACGCACCCUUCUUGUGACCAAUCACAUGGCUAAUGCUUGUGUUCUAAACACAGAUGAGAAUUCGGCUGGAGAAUUCGCGAAUCAUAAUGUUUAGAUUAGAUGCAGGAGGAUGUGUCCGAUUUUAACGCUCUGGUUGUAACUUUAAAAGCUUUCAAAAAAAAAGGUGGGCGCACCUCUGUCAUGGAGCUGAAUGGUUACCACUGUGACAGUGAGCUCAAAGAUGAGGACACGACGGAGACACGGCUUCUCCGCUCUAGGGCCGAAGCGCCUUGUGGCUUCGUCGGUACAGCGGAACUGGAGCGCAGUCCUGCCGGGGGAGGCCCUCACCCAGAGCGGCUUGUGUCGAACUCGAGCUCUGGGAGACAGAGGAUCGACUCGCUGAAGAAAAACAGGCCGCCUUUCCCAUGGUUUGGCAUGGAUAUAGGUGGUACUUUGGUCAAGCUGGUUUACUUUGAGCCCAAAGACAUCACCGCAGAAGAAGAGCAGGAGGAGGUAGAAAGUCUGAAAAGUAUCCGCCAUUACCUCACUUCACACACGGCCUAUGGUAAAACGGGCAUCCGAGACGUGCACCUGGAGCUGACUGACCUGACUCUGUGGGGGCGCAGGGGCAGCCUACACUUCAUCCGCUUUCCCACACAAGAGCUCCCAGCUUUUCUGCAGAUGGGCCGAGACAAGCAUUUCUCCAGCCUGCAUACCACUCUCUGUGCCACUGGUGGUGGCGCGUACAAGUUUGAGGCUGAUUUCCGCACGACGGCAGACCUGCAGCUUCUGAAGCUGGACGAGUUAGACUGUCUGAUUAAGGGUGUCCUUUACAUCGACUCAGUGGUCUCAAAUGGUCCCCCUGAGUGUUACUACUAUGAGAACCCCACAGACCCGGAGCAUUGCGAACAGAAAGCCUACAAUCUGGAGAACCCUUACCCUCUGCUCCUGGUCAACAUUGGAUCCGGUGUCAGCAUACUGGCCGUCUACUCCAAAGACAACUACAAACGAGUCACUGGUACCAGUUUGGGUGGUGGUACUUUCCUUGGGCUGUGUUGCUUGCUCACUGGCUGCUCUACCUUUGAAGAGGCGCUGGAAAUGGCUUCGAUGGGAGAAAGCACUCGUGUGGAUAAACUGGUCAGAGACAUUUACGGGGGUGACUAUGAGAGAUUUGGCUUGCCAGGAUGGGCUGUUGCUUCUAGUUUUGGGAGCAUGAUUUGCAAAGAAAAGCGAGAUUCCGUCUCAAAAGAGGAUCUGGCUAGAGCCACACUUGUCACCAUCACAAACAACAUUGGUUCAAUCACACGCAUGUGUGCACUAAAUGAGAGCAUCGAGAGAGUGGUGUUUGUUGGGAACUUCUUGCGGGUGAACACAUUAUCCAUGAAGUUGCUGGCAUAUGCUAUGGACUACUGGAGUAAAGGACAACUCAAAGCUCUGUUCCUCAGACAUGAGGGCUACUUCGGUGCUGUUGGAGCGCUGUUGGAACUGAUGAACUCGUCUUGAUCACUGCUGUCUCCUCAAAAUUCUCAGUAACUCUGGAGGUUCACCACAGAUGCCUUCAAUGUCUGGCUGUUAUCCCAUGAGAAAAAGUAAUGACACAUGUAUUAUUAAUGGACAUUAGUAGUUGUGUAUAAUGUCAUCCCUUAGCUGUACUAUAGUUCUGGUGCCUAGGUAUUGACUCAGGUAAACCUUUUAGCUUUUGGCCAAUUCUUUUGGAUCUGUACAGCCAACUGUCCCCAUUGUCUUCUAGGUCAUGAACUCUUGCUAAGAAGAUUUCCAAGGUAAUCUUUUAGCCAAGGACAGUUUUUACUGCCAGCUACACUAUUGCAUUAUUUUGGUAUAGGGCUAAAGGCAUAAGCCAUGAUCUAUAAGGAUGCACACACUAGUGAACACAGUCAGUGUAAUAUUUUUUUAAAGGUAUAAGGCACUUCAGUUAAAUGUGAAAAGGAGAAAUGCACUUUCCAUAUUUCACAAGUCAGGCCAGUCAGUACUUUCCUUUUGAAUUAAGGAUCAUAAAUGAGGCAUCGUUUUCAUCGGUUCAGAAGACAUUCAUUAUUAAAACAUUCAUUAUCUUGAAAUCAUUCACUUUUUAAAAAAAACAAUGAUGUACAUACAUUUCAAGAAGUUGUUAAAUAUAUAGUUAGAGAGUUAAAGACACAUUUGAAGGCACCAAUGAUAAAACGAUCAGAGUCACAUUGUGCUUCAAUUCCAGAAUUUGAAUUUAGAAGUUCAAAACGUUCUUAUGUCAUAAUAGUUGAGAACAGAGAAAAUCUUGAUGAUAUGUUCACUAGACCCAUUCAUAGUCUUUAUGAAGACAGCAAAAGUUAUCAGCCAUUAUUGUUUACGUUGUGUUAAUUGAAGCAUGAAAAAAUGCUUGCACGGACUCUGAUCUUUCUUUUGUGGGUAUUCACAGUAAUACAGUGAUGAACUUAUACAAAUUUAUUCAACUGAGCAUCAUCAGCAUCACUUAAAUACUGAAAACUCUCAGAAUAUACAUUAUACAUCAAUCUUAACUUGAAUAUUAUCCAUAAUUCUGUCAUUUACAGGGAGUUCUUUUUCUGCCUUACUUCCAUGUAUCUGUCUCUUCUUUGGUUUAUCAGUCUGUUGAGGAUACUCAUCCAUGUCGUUUGAUCUAGUACUGAAGUUUGCUGAGAGCAAUUACUAAUGAGAUAUGUCGAAGAAAUUUGACAGCAAGUUGUUAAUAAAAUUCACUCAGCUGGGCGUCUGCCAUUAUUCGAAGCCUAUUGGCUGAUUUCGGUCAUGUGACUGGACUGUGAUCAUUUUCUCACAGUAGGCUAUGGACUCUGAUCAUUUUUCCAUAGCAUGGCUUUAUUUUAAAUGGAAAAUUCUGUGACCCUGAUCUUUCUAUCAUCCAAGUACAUUUAUGAGAUCAUUCUUCAAUGCUCAAUCAACAGCUGUGGAUGCACAACUCCAAAAAUACAGUUUUGUGACUUUGAUCGUUUUUUCAUUGUGGUCUUCAUUUAUUGUUGCUGUAAAUUUUUUAAUAUUGCAUACGCAGAAUGACCAUUUGAAUUGUAUUGUAUAUUAAUGUUAUUUUACAAAAGAAACGUCUUCAAUGUUGGGCCUGCACACAGUAAAAAUGUUAUGGGAAAACAUGGGCCAUCAGCUUUCACUUACCUUGCCCGCAAAUGUAGAUAGAUGUACCUUGCCUCCUGGUGAGCAUAUUUUCAUGCAUUUCUUUUAGUGUCUGUAUGAAUUUCAUAAUAGCUCUAUGGAAGUCUGGACCUUCAACUAUACUAGGGACUAACCAGAGACAUGGAAGUUACAUGGAUUGUGGUCCAACAGUUCUGCUUUUACCUCACAGUAAAACUGUAACUUUCUUCCCUAAGCUUUUUGGUACAUUUAAGUUUUAAAUAAUGAAUACAUAUUAAGCAGUUACAGCCUAGUGUGCUGUAUGACAUGAGAAGUGCCUAAAUAAAAGACAAUCAUGUGACAAAGCUGCUUCAAAUGACAGGUGAAAGGUGACUUACAAGGAAUGUAUUGAGACCCAGCUUUGUACUUUUUGUUUUAUAAUAAAAAAAAAUUAAAUUAUGUUCUUGACUCCGUAGUAUUUACUCAGUACUUA